CUGCCCAAGCCCGGGCUGUCCCGCCGGCUAGAGCGCGCCGUGGGCGGGAGGGAGGCCCGGCUGCUCCCGCUGCCCAGGGUGAGACUGCCUCUUUUCAAAGAAACAGUAACAUACCAGGAAUACACAAGGUGUUAAAGACCACACCAUUCACCAAGACUAAGCAAAGCUUUCACCUAAAAGGAAUAAAAAAUAAACAUGGCAGAAUUUACAGGUUACAAGGAAACGUCAAAUCGGCACUUACGAUUCAAAUUGCAGAGUCUUAGUCGCCGCCUUGAUGAACUGGAGGAAGCAACUAAAAAUCUGCAGAAAGCAGAGGAUGAGCUGCUUGACCUCCAGGACAAAGUUAUCCAGACAGAAGGCAGCAAUUCCAGCAUGCUGGCUGAUGUUGAAGCCCUGCGGAAAAGAGUGCUGAAGAUUGAAGGCAAGGAUGAAGAAAUUAGGAAGGCUGAAGAGCUUUGCCGGUUAAUGAAAGAAAAACUUGAAGAGGAAGAGAGCCUCACCCGAGAGCUGAAGUCAGAAAUUGAACACCUUCAGAGGAGAAUGGCAGAGCUGGAGAAGCUGGAGGAGGCCUUUGGCAGGAGCAAGAACGACUGUACACAGCUGUGUCUUAGCCUCAAUGAAGAAAAGAACUUGACCAAAAAGAUAUCUACAGAAUUAGAAAUACUUAGAGUGAAAGUGAAAGAACUGGAAGCAUCUGAGGACAGGCUGGAUAAAACUGAGCAGAGCUUAACGGGCGAGUUAGAAAAACUGAAAUCCUUAGCACUGAGCUUUAUCACUGAAAGAAAACAUUUCAAUGAAAGAGAAAAGCAGAAUGAAAAAAUAAUCCAGGAGCUAACUCAGAAACUAGAACAAAACAAUAAACUAAAUAGGGCAGAUCAAACUAGAAAUGCAUCCAACUUGCUAGAAAGGUCAUCAAAUAAUCUCCUGGACAGAAAUGAUUUGAGAAUUGAAGAUGACUUGACUUCUGCAUUGCCCUCUAAGGAGUCCAGGAGGAAGGGAAGUGUGGAUUACCUGAAACAUGUAGAAAAUGAAACCAGGAAUAAAUCAGAAAACCAAAAGAAUAAAAAUCAGGAAGACAACAAAGUGAAAGAUCUCACCCAAGAAAUUGAGAAACUUAAAACUCAGAUCAAACGUUUUGAAUCUUUAGAAGAAGAACUUAAAAAAAUGAGAGCCAAAAACAAUGACCUGCAAGACAGUUAUUUGAGUGAACAGAAUAAAAACAAACUCUUAACGGGUCAGCUAGAAGAAAUAAAAAUGCAAAUAAAGAAACAGAAAGAUAUGGAGAAUGGAGAGGUCGAAAAUGAAGAUACAAGCUUUUCUAGCAGGGGAAAACAUGACAGACCUAAAUACAGAGGUGUCAUGGCUGAUUUGACAGCUGCCAAGCACAAGUCAAGGGAGCUCUCACCGCAGCAGCGCCGGGAAAGAGUAAGGAACAGAGAUUUCUCUGUCAGUAAUGACAGCUACAGCCAUGGUGGUAAGCAGGUGCCCAGUCCAAGCUUAAUGAACAGAAAAGCAGGAAAAGCAUCUGGUGCAUCUGCCCUUUCAGACACUGCUGUGACAGAUACAAAGAGACUGGAAGAGAAAUCUUUAGUUUCCACUUUUUCUUCUGGUCAGAAGGAAGGCUGCAUCACGCAGAAUGAAGGGAAGAGAUCAAAAGAGCAGCCGUCUGUCCUCAGCCGAUAUCCUCCUGCUGCACAGGAGCAGAAAUCUUGGAAAGCACCUUCCAAACCUGUUGGUGACACAGGCCCAAGAUCCAAGGCUGAAAAGCCAUCUCAGGUGCUCCGUGGCAACUGCCAAACUGGUGCUGAUGCACGGGAUGAAAAGUCAAGCAAGGGAGAAUCAGUGGCUUCUUUGGCCGAGAAGCUGAAAACAAGUCAGGCAGAAGUCAGUGACUGCUCGGGAGACACGCUGCUUGGCAGGGGUAAUCACACGUCUUCCAACGGCACAGCUUCAGCAUACAGGUGCCACCUCUCAUCCCAUGUGUCGGCAUUGGACUCCACUGGCUCUAAAGCAGAAGCAGUGAACACUUUUGCUGCAUCACACAGACAGCCCUCAGAGGGGAGGGCUAAAAGAGCAAUAAUCUCCCAGGAAAAAGAAUUCACAGACACAUCACUUGAAAGUGCAAAGCCUUCAACACUAACAAAGCGUUCCCAUCGCUCCAGGAGUCAAGAAGACAUCCUGCAGGUUCUCACAGGUCUUGAUAAAGAAGACACAGAGCAGUCUUCAACUUCAGCAAUGGAUCAUGUAAAUGCUGGCUUAAAAAUGGACUCCAAAACCAUCCGGAGUAACCAGGAAAAACUUAAUUCAGAUGAAGAAUCGGGAAGAAGCAAAAAACCAAUCACUCAGUCAGAUUUUGAGACAAGGAAGAAAGUCAGUUCCAAGCAGUUCUCCAGCUCCAGGGGAGUUUUUAGAGCAUCACUUUUUGAAAAUGACAAAAACACUGUAAAUGAUGAAGACUCCACCAAGUGUAUAAAACCAUCAGAUGCCAGCACUGGAGGAUUUAAAUCCAGAAGGUCGUUCAGCCCAAGAGAAGCUCUGAGAUCAAAAGCUGUCAUUAAACCUGCAAUUGUUGAAAAGGAUAUGAAGGCAGUCAUGGGAGGGACUGUUUCUGAGGCAGAGUCAGAAAAACAGAAGUCUGUUUUUAAAAUGGUAACAAAUAAAAUGACAAGCAGCAUCACAAUCUUCCCUUCUGAGCCAACAACUUCAAGGACCAGUGGAGAUACAGCAGCAAAGGAAAGGCAUGUUACCACCAGCAACAUCAUAGUUGCUCCAAAUGAGCCUUCACCAAUAACAAACAAUCUCCCCACACCCUUCGAGAUAUCGAUUAAUAAAAGUGCUCUGAAAUUAUCUGAGACAGACAGAAUUGGGGAGGCAGCACCGAGAAGUAAAGCAGAAACAGUGGUCUCCAGAAGCAGCUUUAUGAUAAAGACUUCUGAACUCACGGAGAGGAACAACUGUGAGCCACCUUCAGAGACAAUCUGCUGGAAGAGCCAUGGCUCUUCAGAUGCAGCUUCAUCUGAAACAAAACAUGUCACUGUGAGAAGUUCCUGGAGAACAAGACAAGGCUUACAUUCCCUGGAGGACUCUCAAACCAAAGUGGAGAAAAGCGCAGCUUCCAUUACUACAAACAUGUGUAGGUCCUCAGUGGACCUCUCAGAAAUGGAAGGGAACAGUACAAGAACAAACUCCCUGGAGCAGACCUCAGCAAGGACCAGUGCCACAGCUAAUUCCUGGAGUGCUCCUGAACUGGGGUCCCGAAGGACCAAAAGUAACUUAAGUGCGUCUGAACUGUUGACACGCAGGAGCUAUGCAAGUGAUCCUACAGCAGCUUCUGCUUGGCACCGGACCACACUACCUGAUGAAAGCAAAGAUUUUGCGCCCAGUUCCAGAAGAAAACAAUAUGGCUCUUCUGAGUACCUCUCACAGGUUGACACACCAGGGAAAAGGCCAGCCACCAAGAUGGAGCUGCAGGACCCCGAAUCCAACCCCCAUGCACCACUGGGUCUCCAAGUGGAGGAGCAGGGUGCUUUCCAUGCCUGCCGGACAACAUCUCGGAGAUGAGUUGUAUUCCUUUCCACUCAAUGGACACGCUGCACAGUGGAGCAAGAGGCAGGACAGUACCAAGCUCACAGGCGUCACACCUGUUUGUAACCUCUUGGGAGGCUUCAGCUAGCCUGAAACCAGUUUUCUAAUGCGAUUUGCAAGGUACAGGAGCUUUACCAGUGAAUUCUUUUUCUUCAUUGCCGAAGAGGCAGCUGCAGAGACUUUGCUCAGGGGACUCCCACUUCUCAUCUCUGUACCUGCAAUCUUAAUCUUCUCCAUAGGAUGAUAGGUCUGUCUCCGUAUGGAAACCUUGACUUGCAUAGCCACUCUGAAUGAUGGUACUCCCUGGACAAGAGAGAACUUCUUGUUAAUCACUUGCAUUUAGACAAGAUCCCAGAAGUAUCCUUGUGACUACAGUCCACCAGCCCAUGACAGCAGUCCUACACGGCUCCACAACUGAAAGCUUACAGUUCCUAGGGAGAGUUUGCUUUCUCCCAAUACACCCUUAUUGGCUUGGGUUGUGGUUUCCUCAGUACCUGUGUUGCCAGUACCCUCUGUCUCUAGGCAGGAGGAAACCAUUCCCCACUGGUUGCUUACACAUAAGAGGGAAAGAGAGCAGAAAAUGUUGUUUAGAAGCAGUUUCUUCCCUAUUGCUGUCAGUCUCCACAACAAGCUUUGCAUGACCUACUGAUCACCAGCUGAGAUCUUGCACCAAGAACUCAUCCACUGAGCCAAACCAACAGCAGUUCACACGGCAGUGAAACUUCCUCUUGACUUGGACUGGGGUGCUUUUUUACCUGAAACUUGAUGCCCAUCAUGCUCUGCAGGCACCAACUCUGCUGCUCAUUCUCAGCAGUUGAGCUCUAAAGGAAAAAGAAACAAGUGCUUUUCCUCACAGACAAGCAGAAUGUCCUUGAUUCCUUCCAAAAACAGGGUGGAGACAGCAGGAUUGGACCCUAAGCUGAGCGCCAGUAUGGCUAUCUAGGCAGCCUCGGUCUGUGCCCCUCUUCAGGACCACCCCAUCUACCGUGGCUGGGACCCAGGUAUGAUCAGAGACUGCUUCAAAUACAGAGGUAUGUCACCCUGUCAGUGCCCACAGGCCACCGAGUGCAGAUGGCAUCACUGUCAGGGGAGAUACUGCCCGCUGCAGCUCCAAGAGGUGCUCAGAUGUUGGAGCAGCAUCUGCCUGAAGCAAGGUGAUUGCAUCUGGCUCACACAGUCAGAGCCCUGCCACUCCUUU